AUGGGACCAGGCAAUGAUACCCACAUUUCAGGAUUUCUUCUUCUGGGAUUAUCAAAUGAUCCAGAACUGCAGCCCCCCAUAUUUGGGCUUUUCCUCUUCAUGUACCUGAUCACUGUGUUUGGAAACCUGCUCAUAAUCCUGGCUGUCAGCUCCGACUCCCACCUCCACACACCUAUGUACUUCUUCCUUGCCAAUUUGUCCUUUGUAGACAUCUGUGUCACCUCCACCAUCAUCCCAAAGAUGUUGGUGAAUAUACAGACACAGAGCAAAAUUAUAACCUAUACAGAAUGCAUCAGCCAAAUCUGUUUUUCCACACUCUUUUCAGGCUGGGACAAUUUUCUCCUGGCUGUAAUGGCUUAUGACCGCUUUGUGGCCAUCUGCCACCCACUGCACUACAUGGUCACCAUGAAGACCCUGCUCUGUGUACUGCUGGUUAUGGUGUCCUGGAUCAUGAGUGUCCUGAAUUCCUUGUUACAAAGCUUGAUGGUGUUGCGGCUUUCCUUCUGUUCAGAGGUGGAAAUCCCCCACUUUUUCUGUGAACUUCAUCAGAUGAUCCAACUUGCCUGUUCUGAUACCUUUCUUAAUGACAUAGUAAUGUAUGUUUCAGCUAUGUUGCUGGCUGGUGGUCCCCUUGCUGGGAUACUUUACUCCUACUCAAAGAUUAUUUCCUCCAUAUGUAGAAUCUCAUCAGUUCAGGGUAAGUACAAAGCAUUUUCCACCUGUGCAUCUCACCUCUCAGUUGUCUCCUUAUUUUAUUUUACAGUCCUGGGAGUGUACUUUAGCUCUGCUAUUACCCAGAGCUCCCAUGCAACUGCAGUAGCCUCAGUGAUGUACACUGUGGUCUCACCCAUGCUGAACCCCUUCAUCUACAGCCUGAGGAACAGAGACAUAAAGGAGGCUCUAAUGAGAUUCUUCAAGAUGGAAGCUCUAAAAGGAACAAGUGUCUUGGUGGUGAAGAAGUGCCCUUGA